AUGAAAGCAGAAUGUAGAGAACUGAAGCUUCUUAGGCAGGGUGGGCUUGACUUACCUCACAAAUAAGGUCCAAAGAAACUCCAAAACCUCAGUCAGUCCUUCACCGCUUCUCUCUCAAACUUCCACUGCUUUCUUCUUCUCUGUUCGUAUCUCACUGUUCUGUCCAAAGCAGCAAUGGUCCUAGAAGACAUGUGUUGCUUCAACAAGGAGAUUCUUGUUAUAAAGCCUCAGAAGAAAUCACCACUGUUGUUAAAGAUGUCAGUGUUGAUGUUUUCAAUGGUGUGUGGUGUUUUUAUUUGUUCUGCUUGUCUAAAGCAGACCAGCAUCCAUGCUAGGACUGUUCUUCUGGAGCUGCAAGGGAUUGAAAACCCUUCUUGGAGUAGAUUCAUCCGAGCGGAUUUUCGUUACCUGCAUUACCCCAAACCUGUUUCUUUUAAGAGGAGUGAGUGUGCUCAUAAUCCUGUGAGAUUCUUUGCCAUAGUGUCAAAUCAGAGAUCUGGUAGUGGGUGGUUUGAGACCCUUUUGAAUAGCCAUGUUAAUGUGAGCUCAAAUGGGGAGGUGUUUUCAGUUUUGGAAAGACGAGUAAAUGUUUCUACAAUUGUACAGACUUUGGAUAAAGUUUACAAUUUGGACUGGCUCAGUAGUGCUUCCAAGAAUGAGUGUUCUGCUGCAGUUGGUUUAAAGUGGAUGCUUAAUCAGGGAUUAAUGGAGCACCAUAAAGAAAUAGCAGACUACUUCAACCGCAGAAGUGUUUCUAUCAUAUUUCUUUUUCGGAGAAACUUAUUACGGAGAAUGGUAUCAAAGCUUGCCAAUUCCUAUGACCGUUAUGCGAAGUUAUUGAAUGGAACACAUAAAUCUCAUGUUCAUUCUGCACAAGAGGCUGAUACUCUUUCAAAGUACAAGCCUACACUAAAUUCAACAUCAUUGUUGACUGACUUGAAGGAUAUGGAGAUGAGUGAUGCAAAGGCUCUGGAAUACUUCAACACCACUCGACAUAUGAUCUUGUACUAUGAGGAUCUUAUAAGAAAUCAAAUUAAGCUAAAAGAUGUGCAGGAGUUUCUAGGAUUCCCACAAAUGGAAUUAACAAGCCGUCAGGUUAAAAUACACAGAGGACCGUUGUCAGGCCACGUUAGAAACUGGGAUGAUGUUACCAAGACACUCAAAGGAACUGCUUAUGAGAGUUUUCUCCAAGCUGACUAUUCAUCUUAACUUCUUUCAACACUCUGCAAAGGUGUAAAUAUCAACAACACUGAUUUUUGUCCCAGGAAAGAGUUUGAGGUUUGGUGCCGGCAAGAAUCAUGCCUGUGUCUUCUAAUGUUUCUUUUCACUGCCAAUCAACACUGUUGAUAAGGUGUGUGCCCUUGUUUCAUUUGUAAGUCUUGUCUGUGCAUUCUUAAAUGACCUUGUAUAGCAGCAUUCAAAGCCUUAUUCCACUAGGUGAGGUCGGUUAUUGGCCAAUUUUCUGUUGGCUGCCGAAUGCCUAACCCAACCUUAUUUCUUAAUCCAGGGACCGUAGGUGGAAUUUAAAUGACCUUGUAUAUGCCAGCUAAUUUAUUAAUUAGUAAGGAUGAGCAUUGCUUUAAGUUUAAUUCAAAAGGCAUUUCUGUGCUUUGUUGUUU